ACACACUCACAGACAAACAUACGCACAAUUACUGACCGAAACACACACUCACUCACUUACAGACACACAUACAUGCACUGAUUUCACACACUCACUGAUUUCUCUGACACACACACUGCAGCACUAAUUCACAAAUCAUUACUUUUAUUAUUUUAAAUCAACCCAGCUGGAGUGGAUUAGCUUUCCCUGUGGUCCUGUGGGACAGCUGUCAUCUCUCUGCUCUGCUCCCUAGAGCGCUGUUUAGUGAUGCGGGCCGCAAUGAUGUAAUAUUCUGGCUCCUGGCAUCACUUGAGGGCGCGUGGGGGAGCAGAGCAUGGAGAUUACAGCUCCCUCGCCACCGCACUCAUUUAGCCACCCGCCUUCCUCCCUCCUUAUACAGUCAUUAGCCUCUCUCCCUCAGCUCUCAAUGAGCCAACUGUCUGCCUGCCUACCUGCCUAAGCCCUACGUGAGUUGACUGCCCGCGUCCAAUCUCGGGCAGCCGCUCACCUCAGGGGCUGAACAGGCUCACAAAUCCCAGGGAAUUGUUGAGCCCGGGUCUAUAGCACGUCCCUAUAGGCAUUUUCAUGUAAACACUGCAUUUUCUGAGAAAAGGCAAUGUUUACAUUACUGCCUAGUAACACAUCUACUGGCAAUCACUCAGGUGGCCACUAGAGGUGUUUCCUGGGUCAGUGCUGACGCUCUGCAUGGAGACACUGAACACUUCCCUAUGAGGAGAUGCUGAUGGCCUCCCAGUGCUUACUACAGGAAAGGAGAAAAUCAAAUUUGAUGAUCUCGGCCAUAGAAGAGGGGGAGGAGGGGCCAGCCACGCCGAGAUUGGCGCAGCACUGGAAACAAGGUGAGUAAAAGCAUCUUUUUAUUGCAAAUAGUAGUUAUUUAACCACUAUAGUGUCAGGAAAACCUGUUUGUGUACAUGACACUAUAGUGUUCCUUUAGGAUAAAUUAGGUACUACACUGCUCAAUUUCACCUGGCUGCAAGGUUUAUGACUGAUGGCUUUUGCCACUGCCAGAAACUCUGUACCUGAGCUAAGCCUGGCCAUGCAUGGCUUAAUUCACUGACUAAGACUGUGCUGCUGACAAUGUCAGCCAAUGAGCUGCAAGUACUAUAGGGCGUAGCUCUGGAGAGCUAGGAGAAGCAGGAACUGCUGACCGCCAUUCCCAAGAAAACAUGAUUCCAGUGUUUCUUGGAGCUGAUGUUGUUGCGCAGACAGGAAUUCGGACGGAGAACCACCCAAAACUCCAUGCAAAGUUUGCAAAGAAAGGAUUGGCAGCAAAGCUUAAUUUUAGUGCUGAUUUCAAGUUUGAGAAGUUACGGCUACCUGGUGCAGUGAACAGUCUGUGGUUUUAUAGCAUUCAAGGUGUAUUUAGAGUAGCGUUUGACUUAUACAGCAGAGAAGAUCAGCUGGCUGUUAUUGAAAGCUUACAGGAGCUCUGGAAGAGUCGACUUAAAGAUGGGCCACUCAACAACUGUUAUACCUUAAAGAAGUGCCUUAGCAACUCAGAAAAUGUUCUAAAGAGCUACAAAUAUGCCAAUCAAUCAUCAGCCCAGGAACAGUUGAUGGCUUGUUCUUCGGAUUUUGUACUCAAAACUCAGAAAAUGAAUUCCAGAAGUCUUGCCGUUACUGCAGUAACUGAACACAAUUACUGUAAGUCAAGUUUAAGUCCUGGUCAGGAUGUCACAUACAAUGAUGUUAUCUUCCAGCAAGCAAAAAACCUGUUGGACCUUUGUACAGAUAAAGUGAUCUGCCUUAGUGGACAGUUAAGGACGGCUGUUAUAACGCUGUUUGAUAUCUUAAAUCAAGCACUCCAGGGACAACACAAUCUGGAACAAAUGAUCUUAAGUAUAGUGCAGCUUUUAGACACCGCAAGUUAUAUGUUUGACAAAGACACUGUACAGACAGAACACCCUUCAGUUUAUGAUAACAGUUUGUUGUUUGAGGUCAGCAGCUGGCUUGGAAGCCGGUUCCAGAGAGAGAAUGAAUGCAUAAGCCAACAGGUAGAGGAGUUUAAAAGGAAACAUAUAGAUCGCAUCUCAGACCUUCCUCCUGCUGAGGAACUGGUUGCUGCUUUGUUUCCGAAGGCAAUGAAAGUUCUCUUACUCAACUGGAUGGGCCUCGCUGAUAAGGCGUCUGUAUCAAAACUCCAGAGUGAAUACCCAAUUCUACUCCUUAUAUUAGAAUUUGCAAAUCGAAAUCUAAUCACAGGUGUUGCCCAUGUUUUAUACUCUACACUUAUAUGUAAGUAGUGCGUAUGUGCUAUCCCUCAUUGUUUUAUUUGGAGGUGGGAGGCGUGUUCUGUGGAAGGAUUAGAAUGCAUAUUGCAUGCCCUUUUGCUUGCUAUCAAAACAGACUUUUAAUUGUUGAAUACAUUAUAUAGUUUUAUUGAUAUAUCUUCUCUCCAUAACUACAAAAGUGCAAAUUAAUCCUAAAAUAUGUUUACAUAUGCCAUAACCCAGUGUAUAACUCAGAAACGUAUACUCACUCAUUUUAAAGGUUUAGACCUUUUAACACAUUACAUUAAUUAUGCUGUUCAAAUUAAAAUAUUUCAAUGUUUUUGUUUAAUGCAUGAAUUUAAACAUUAAGUGCCUCCCCAAAAAACAAUGACUCUGGAAUAAGAAAUGUGAUACUGUAUAUUGGCUGUACAUCACUCAAACAUAAAGCAAGUUAGAGUG